AUGAGGUUUCCUUUGCCCGAAAAGUUUAAAGUCCGACAUGUCGAUAAAUAUGAUGGGAGCGGAGAUCCGACCGAUCAUAUGAAAAGCUUCCAAGCUCACCUCGCCCUCCAUGACACUCCCGACGAGAUCGCAUGCCAAGCCUUCCUAUUAACAUUGAAGGGAGAUGCCAGAGAAUGGUUCGGGAAGUUUCUUCCCAAAUCUAUAAACAACUUCGAUUUCCUCGGACGCCAGUUCAUAACUCAGUUUCUGGCAAUCCAGAAGAGGAAGAAGUCCCCUGCCUACUUGUUAUCCCUUGUGAAAGGGAAGAAUGAGUCCUUGAAGGACUACAUGAUCAGGUUCAAUAGGGAGAAGCUGAGUGUCGAAAGCCAGAAGGAAGAAAUGAAGGAAACCAUCGGUGCCUUGAUGAAGCCCAAAGGGCAAAGUGGUCAAGGUGAAGCUAGCAGCAGCAAGGUAGCACCUCGUGGCUCCAGAAAGAUGAAAAAGGAGGAAAAGAGCCCGAAGACCUGCAAGAAGUUGGAGCCUUUCCACCAACGGAACCAAAGAUUGACUCCUCUGAAUACCAGUAACACCGAGGUGUUCAUGGAGAUCAAGGGGGAUCCCAACUUCAGAUGGCCAUCAAAGAUGAGAACUCCAUAA